CAAGAAUAAAACCAUCUCUUGUGCCCCCCUCUUUUCUUAUCUUCUUCACCCCUCCCCUGUUUCCAGUGCCCCUCUUUUCUUCUCAUCUUCUUCACCCUCCCCUGUUUCCAAACACAUAUGAUCGAUCACAAACAACUUUUCCAAAAUCAAUGUCUCUCUCUCUCAUCACCAUCUUCUCUCUCAUCACCACCCUCUGCAUCCCACCUUCUUCCUCCCAAACCACCCUCAAACUCUCUCUCUCACCAAUCCACAACCCACACAUUGCAGGCUCCAAAUCCACCAAUCCAUGGGUUCAAACACUAAAUCAUCUUUCAUCUUCUUCAUUAGCCAGAGCCCAUUACCUUAAACACCCUAAAGACAAUUCCUCUGCUUCUAAUUCUCAGUUUAAUUCCAAAAUUAAUUCUCAAAUUCCCCUGUUUCCACAGAGCUAUGGUGCAUACUCUGUUUCUUUAAGUGUCGGGUCACCAGGUCAAACACUAUCGUUUGUUAUGGAUACUGGAAGCAGUCUUGUUUGGUUCCCCUGUACCAAACGGUAUAUGUGUUACGGGUGUGAUUUUCCUGGUGUGAAUGAAACCCGUGUGCCCAAAUUCAUACCCAGAUUGUCUUCAUCUGCUAAGAUUAUCGGAUGUAGUAAUAAGAAAUGCGGGUUGCUUUUCGGGUCGGGUAGCUCGGGUCAGUGUACCAGUAAGGAGAUAUGCCCGGCUUAUAUGGUGCAAUACGGGUCCGGGUCGACAUCCGGGUUGUUGUUGUCGGAGACUUUGAAUUUCAAGGAGGGUGGGGUGAAGGAUUUUGUUGUCGGGUGUUCGAUUCUUUCGACCCGACAACCCGCGGGUAUAGCCGGGUUUGGGCGUGGGCCGGCUUCGUUACCCGUGCAGAUGGGGCUUAAAAAGUUUUCGUAUUGUUUGGUUUCGCACCGGUUUGAUGACGCUCCGGUGAGUAGUGAGAUGGUUUUGGUUCGGAAUUCGAAGAAUAUGGGUUCUUCGAAUUCUGCUGGCAUCGCUGGAGUUAGUUAUACGAAGUUUCGUGAGAACCCGGGGAGUUCUAACUCCGCGUUUAAGGAAUACUACUAUUUAAGCCUUAGGAAAAUAACCGUCGGCGGUAAGACGGUUAAGAUCCCGUAUGAUUUUCUGGUGCCGGGAUCUGAUGGAAAUGGUGGUACCAUCAUUGAUUCCGGCACCACGUUUACCUUUAUGGACAAUCAAGUCCAUAAUCUGGUGGCAAAAGAGUUUGAAAGUCAAGUUUCAAAGUAUAAACGGGCUGCUGACGUGGAAGACAUGACCGGGUUACGACCGUGUUUUAACGUCAGUGGUAAACGGGUGGAAAUACCCGAGUUAAUGUUUCACUUCAAAGGCGGAGCUAAAUUAGCGCUUCCCACUGCGGAUUACUUCUCGUUAUUGGGGGAUACGGAUGCGUUGUGUAUGACGAUCGUAUCCAGUGACCGGAUCGGGUUGGGUCAAAAACUCGGGCCGUCGAUAAUCAUAGGAAAUUAUCAACAGCAGAAUAUAUACGUGGAGUACGAUUUGGAAAAGGGAAGGCUCGGUUUCAAGAAGCAACAAUGCAAGUAAAGAAUAAGAAAAUAGUAUCCCACUUUUAAUUUCAAGAAAUAAAGUUUGAAAAUUGAAUAAUAGUUUUUUCAGUUGUAGAUUUUAGAAAAUUGUAAUACUGAUAUAUUAUUAUAAUAAAUUUCUUAUAUUCGUUCAGGUUUAACUGUAA